AUGGUUACUCGUAGCAAGGCAGGGAUAUUUAAACCCAAAGUAUAUCUGAGUACAACACCUAAAGUGUCUGACCACAUACCUGCUGACAUUCAUGAAGCAAUGACCAAUGAGUCUUGGAAAGCUGCAGUUUUUAAUGAGUUACAUGCGCUUCUUCAAAAUCACACAUGGAGUCUCUGUUCAUUACCUGACAACAGAAGAGCAAUUGGCUGUAAGUGGUUAUUUAAAAUCAAGAAGAAGGCUGAUGGUUCCGUAGAUCGCUACAAAGCUCGCCUGGUUGCCAAAGGUUUCUCUCAGCAUGCUGGUAUCGAUUUUCAAGAUACCUUCAGCCCUGUUGUUCGGGCCACCACCAUUCGAACUAUUCUUACUAUUGCAGUCAUGAAAAGGUGGUCAUUGAGGCAAGUCGAUGUCAACAAUGCUUUCCUCAAUGGGGAGUUGGUUGAGGAGAUUUACAUGACUCAACCACAUGGGUUUGAAGCGUCCGGCCCGAAUGAUGACAUUGUUCUUACAGGUAGUUCUAAUGAGGAGAUUGAUAGCGUUGUCCAGCAACUUCAUCACAGGUGCGUCCGCUACACCAACUCCCAUGGUGAGCUUUCCCAAGUUAGUUGCUGCUGGCGACAGUCUCUCAUUUGCUGA